AUGGCCGCCAAAUCGGACGGACCCGCCGCAACCUCGGCUUCCGCGUGCGCGCGCGAUAAGGAGCCCGAGGCGCGUUGUGUCCUCGCGGGACCGGAAGAGCACCAGGACCGCUCCCGGCGGCACGCGCUGCUCGACUGCUGCUGGGUGCUGUGCGCGCUGCUCGUCUUCUUCUGCGACGGCGCCACGGACGUGUGGCUCUCGGCCGACUACUACGCGCGCGGAGACUCCUGGUGGUUCGCCCUGACGCUGCUGUUCGCCGCGCUGCCCUCCGCCGUGGUGCAGGUGCUCAGCUUCCGCUGGUUCGUCUACGACUACACGGUGGAGACGGAAGAGGAUGCGGCGCUUACGGCGCGCUCGCGGAGCCGGAGGUUCCGGUGCUGCCGAGCAUGCAUGUGGACCUUCCAGUCCCUCGUGCACAUCCUGCAGCUGGGCCAGAUGUGGAGGUACAUUCACACGCUGUACCUGGGCGUGCAGAACCACUGGUAUCGCCACUGCUACUGGCGCCUGAUGUUUGAAACGGCUGAUGUGAACAUGUUGAGGCUGCUGGAGGCUUUUCUGAAGAGCGCACCACAGCUUGUCCUACAGCUCAGCAUCAUGAUCCACAGCAAACACGUCCUGCCACUACAGGGUCUCUCCACCUCUGCCUCUUUGGUCUCCUUGGCGUGGAUGAUUGCCUCCUACCAGAAGGUCCUUCGUGACUCCAGAGAUGACAAGCUACCCAUGUCCUACAAGGCAGUGAUUGUGCAAAUGCUGUGGCACCUGUUCACCAUUGGUGCACGUACCAUUGCCUUUGCGCUCUUCGCCUCUGUCUUCCAGCUGUACUUUGGUAUUUUUGUUGUGGCUCACUGGUGCGCCAUGACCUUCUGGAUCAUCCAAGGUGAGACGGACUUCUGCAUGUCCAAGUGGGAAGAGAUCAUUUACAACAUGGUUGUAGGCAUCAUCUACAUCUUCUGCUGGUUCAAUGUCAAGGAGGGUCCAGCACGAUGCCGCCUGGCCACAUACUACUGUGUGAUUUUGGUGGAGAAUGCGGCCCUUACGGCCACCUGGUAUGCAUACAGGGGCCCACACACCUCAGACUUCUAUGCCCUUAUCAUUGUGUGUGUGGUAGUAUGCAGCUAUGCCUUGGGAACCUUUUUUAUGUUUGUCUACUACUGCCUGCUCCAUCCUGAUGGCCCAAUUCUGGGUUCACAGUGGAGCUGCAUGGAGGAAGGAAUGGGUGCAAUAGGACUCGGAGGUGUGGGGGAUCUGGGGACGCCUCUGCCCCAAACAGAUGUUGUCACAAGUCCCCCAAGAACCUUGCAGAGGACUAAGGAUGGGGAACGGGAACAAGGAGACAAGGAGAGUUGCUUGCCUGUUUUUCAGGUGAGGUCCAUCAGUGUGGCUCCUGCACCUUCUCCCCGAACACCAAAAACUGAGGGUCCUGUUAUCCGCAUUGACCUGCCCAGGAAAAGCUACCCAGCCUGGGAUGCACACUUCAUUGACCGCCGGUUGAGAAAAGCCAUCUUGGUGCUGGAGAAUACAUCACCAGUGACGCCACGGAUCCAGUACCGCAGUCUUGGCAGCCCCAAAGAGGUGAUGGAGUACGAGACUACUGUGUAGUUGCAAUUCCUGACCUCAUAUCAGCAGGGACUUCGCCUGUGACUCUGCAUCUCUGUGUAGAGAAGCAAUGAAGAGUAAGGCAAUGCUGGGAGAAUCCCAGAAUACAAUUGGUGCUCUGAGGCAUGUGUGUGCAUGGGACAUGGGUCAUUGGCUUUGCCUGGAAAUUAUCAUCUGUUCUGAAAACUUGUAUUUCAGAAAAUACAAAUGGAACAUGAGUGAGGUUAGAAGUUAAAGGUCAAAAAGUUCAGUGAGUAAAGGGUUGACUGUAAAUGAGAAUGAUAUUCAAGAAUAAGACCACAAUGCCAGCCAUAAGUACUGAUCUGAAAAGAAGGGUGAUGCCUGUCCAUAGAUGUUUUGAUGAUGUGCAUGGACGUGAUGAUGAGGAUGAUGAUAAAUGCUCUACUCUUGCUUGCGAG